AUGUUGCUUAAACAGCAGCAAGAAGAACAACAGUCAAUGUUACUCAAACAGCAGCAAGAAGAACAACGGGCAAUGUUGCUUAAACAACAGCAAGAAGAACAACAGGCAAUGCUACAACAGCAACAACAGCAACAACAAGCAGCAUUAAUUCAACAACAGCAGCAACAAUAUGAACAGCAUGACCAUCAAAGUCAAGAGCAGGAACAACAACAGCAACACAAUCAUCAACAGGAACAACAACAGGAACAACAAAAUCAAGAGCAGGAUAAUCCUCCUCCAGAGGAACAAUUAGAUUCCGACUCUUUAGGUGAAGGUACCGCUCCGGAGGAAACAUUGGAACAAGCUCGACACCGUCUGGCGGUAUACGGACAAUACGACGAGAGUUACACCGUCAAACAGGUGUCGGCCAUUAACCAGGAGAACGGUCAGAGUGUCCUCUUUAUCUGGGCAAAACUCGUCCACCUCACCGCAGCAUUCAAGGACAUCAUAGAACCGGAAGUAAAAGCUCGACAGGCCGAGCUCGAGCAAGACUGUCCGGGAUUAUUUGAAGAGGAUAUGUUAUUACAUUUACGUGAAAAGUCAACGACACAUCCGUUCAGGAUCGUCAACCGAAUCGGAAUUAAAAUGUCAACAAUUCUUAAAUAUGUACCAAAGUGCAAAGUGGCAACACUUGUCGUUCCGAAUAACAAAGAGUUCUGGUCUGAUAUCCGGUCGGACGCGGACAGAGUGGCGACGGACAUUAGAAGUAAUGGCAGUGUUACUCCGUACCAAACCGAGUAUCUCCAAGUUCUUGUACGUUUUUUCGAGUUGUUUGGACAGUUGGAGGGUGAUAUUCCUCUAAGUCCUCCUAAAGCCGGCGGAGAUCCCAACAUAUUGGCGUAUCCUCUCCCCAACUCGGUUGCGGCGGACCCUGAAUCGAUUCGACGAUGGGCUGAAACGUGGGAGGUUUUUGACCUCGUGUUGCCAGAGGAUGGGGCUUGGGGUUGGCAUGGAUUCGAAAAUCUAGUGUUUUCCGACAUCAAGGAAUGUGCAGAUUUCCCUCAGCUUCUGAGGCUGUCCGAAAAUGGCGACGAAGAUCUUCUGGAAUUCGAUACCGAGGUUGAAGGAGAAGCUGCAUGGGACGUCAUAGAGGUGGACUUAUUUAAAGAUGACGUUACGACAGAAGAACAAAACCUGAUCUGGGAAGAGCGAGAAAAACGUUCAGACCUCGAUGACCCCGAGAAAAUGAAAAAGAGGAGAGAGAAUUUAGAAGAGUACUUUAUUAUAAAAUACGAAUGGGAAUCAUCAGCGCUUGAUGCCUAUCGUGGAUGGGCGGAUACAUUAGAAGCCGGUUGGCAGAACUUCCAGAAGCUCUGUGACAGUUAAAGGUAGCGAAUCGAGCCAAAGGCUUCGAGUCCAAAAUUGGUUCAAUAUACUACGUCACUUCCACGAGACAACCAUUUCCAUGUCACUGAUUUAUUAGCAUCCUCACACUAUCACAAGCAGGGAGACGUGUAUAUAUAGAAAUAGAUAUCGUGAAGAUGACAUAAAACGUUGCGUCGGACAACCACAUACACAAUACAGUGUACUUCCUAUCCUGCUUUGACCACCGGUAACUUUUCAUCUACAAAUACUGAUAUAUAAUUUGUUAUUACAUCUUUAUUUAGUUAAAGAUAUUUUGUCAGAAUUACCGUACGAAUUAUUUGUGUCCAUACGAUAUUGACAAUUAAGUUCGCAAAUAGUCGUAUUAGACAGAUCAUUGAACUAGCAUACUUCACAACAUAGAUACCAAGC